AGUAACGGAAAUCGGCACGUAAACGUAUUGCGAAAGUGUGGCGAAGACGGUGCAAGAGGAGGCUGCAAACUUAAGCCAUGAGAUAUUGUCCGCUUUACUUAUCAACGUGGGAGUGGUUAACCGUUAGAUAAAAUCAGGAAAUGAAAAUGCGGGUCGGAUCGACUCUCCACCUUUUCAAUAUCUUGCUUCAAAUCCAUCUCUGGACCACGACCGUCGCUGGCGACGAGGAUAAACUUCGCGUGAUCUUCCAAUGGAAACAGCUCGAUUACGAAUGGCCGAACAACGAAACCAAACUUCUCUUCCCAGGAUACAAACAGGAGGACAACCUUCCCCUUGGCCUCGAGAUUACGAGCACCAGGAUAUUUGUCACUGUGCCGAGAUGGAGGCGCGGUGUCGUUGCCAGUUUGAAUUACUUUUACGUAAAUGAUACACGGGAAUCUCCUACUUUGAUACCUUAUCCUUCUUUCGAGGCGCAUCAAUACGAAGGUGGAAGCGUGCCGGAGAUCAUUUCACCGUUUCGAAUCCGAGUGGAUCGAUGUGAAAGAUUGUGGGUGCUCGAUACAGGAUUUACAGAUAUUUUGCAAAAUCCGGAACAAGAGGCGCCGCCCGCGUUGCUCGUCUACGAUUUAAAAAACGAUCGAUUAUUACGAAAAUUCGUUAUUCCCGAGGAUCAAAAAACGCACGAUUCUCUUUUCGCGAAUAUCGCGCUCGAAGAUUACUCCUGCGAGGAUACCUUCGCUUAUCUGGGCGAUCUGGGUGGUCCCGGACUGGUGGUCUACUCGUGGAAGUCGAGAAAAUCAUGGCUCGUCAAGCAUCGCUUCUUUCAACCCGAUCCGCAAAGCGAGGAAUUCAACGUGUCGGGAAUUUCGUUCCAAUGGACCGACGGUUUGUUCGGUAUGAGCAUCGCGCCAUCUAACGAUGGAUACAGCGUGAUGUAUUUCCACCCACUUUCCAGCACCAUGGAAUAUUCGGUUAGUACCAAGAUAUUGAGAGAUCCUGAACGCGCCAAUUCUCCAGACAACUUCAAAGAAUUUCGAACUCUCGGGUCUCGGGGACACAAUGGUCAGAGUAGCGUUAGCUUUUUGGACUCGAACACCGGAGUUCUUUUCUACGCGUUAACCAAUUUAAACGCUAUCGCGUGUUGGAAACCUCGAAACACGUUCACGCUUCAGCAACAAGGUCUUAUUUAUCAAAACGGCAUCACGAUGGUUUUUCCUAACGAUUUAAAGAUCGAUCAAAAUGGGAAUAUUUGGGUACUCUCGGAUCGUUUGCCUACCUUCAUGUAUGCACGUUUGGAUCCCGAAGAUUAUAAUUUUAGAAUUCUUAUGGGAUCUGUCAAAGAAGCUAUAAGAGAUACUGUUUGCUCCACGAAUCCAUCGGAAAAUAGUCCGACGACUACCGUUCCUUCGGAAAUGUUUGAAAAUUCUAGUUGCACGAACGAAACUCGAUCGAUUCUCGUAUUUGCAAUUGCCUUAAUUGUUCUUCUCACGAGAACGUCUAUUAAAGGUGAGAAAAACGAUACCAUGGGGAAAAGUGAAAGCUCGAUACCAGGUUUCGAAAAUUUUCCCGGAAGGGAGGCUAAAGUUAAAACAGGCUACGCUUAUCUCGAAGGAAGAAGGCAAGUAGAUGGCGCGGAAGAUUUAUGGAGGAUUGGAAAUAACUUAUACGAUUUGGAAGGGUUCGCAAAAUUUCAUCCAGGAGGCGCUGAAUGGAUCCGCCUUACCAAGGGUACCGAUAUUACCGAACUUUUCCAGACGCAUCAUUUGACCGAUAAAGCCGCAAAACUUCUUCCAAAAUAUUUGAUAAGGGAGGCUGUCGCACCACGAAAACUGCCGUUAACGUUCGAGCCAAAUGGUUUCUUUUCUACGUUCAAAAGACGAGCGUUGGAAGCUUUGAAGGACGUGGAUUUCCAUCGGCCGUCCACGAAAACGAAUUUAAUCGCAGAUUUUCUUUUCGUCUUUUCUUUAAUAUUUAGCAUCUUGGCAGCGUACACCCAAUCUUAUCUAAUGAUCCUGUUUACCGGGAUUUUUCUCACGUGGACCACUAUAAGCGCCCACAAUUAUCUUCACAUGAAGGAUAACUUUCGAAUGUAUUAUUUCGACUUGAGUACGAUGUCAUCGAAGGAUUGGCGAAUAACGCACGCGAUGAGUCAUCACAUGUAUCCCAAUACUCUUUGGGACUUUGAGAUAUACGCGUUCGAGCCUUUCAUUCAUUGGUUACCAGAUCCGAAAAAAUCUUUACCGAUGGUUUUCGUGAGUCAACUCAUAAGUCCUAUCGUUUGGGCUUUGAUGUUUUACGAACAAGCGAUCAAAAGAUAUUAUUCAGUGUUUUUCGAAUAUAAAACGUUCGAAUUGAGAGACGCAAUACCUUUUUUCCUACCGGUUUUAAUGUCAUUCUUCGCACCAAAUUUCUUCACGGCUGUGAAACUGUGGUUAUUGAUCUUACUAUCGGCUAGUUUUAUGUUCUCCAUAAUCGGUUUCAACGCAGCUCAUCAUCAUCCCGAUAUCUUUCACGAUGGUGACAUAUACAGAGACGAUUACGACUGGGGUGUGCUGGAAUUGGACGCUGUGAGGGAACGAAAGGUGAUCGACGAUUCCGAUUUUUUGGUAUUGACGAAUUUCGGUUUACACGGUCUUCAUCACCUUUUACCAACGGUCGAUCAUUCUUACUUGUCACUUUGCGUGAACGCUUUUGAACAAACUUGCAAGGAAUUCGGGAUCAGUGUCGAAAAAUUCACUCAAUGGGAACUCGUCAAAGGACAAUUUAAACAAUUGGCACGUAAGAAACCGAAGAAGAAUUUGAGAUAGAAGGAACGAAGAGUAUUUCGAAAUAAAAUGUAUCGUAUGAAUAUGUAACACGAGUUAAGAAGUAUAUAAUAUAAUAAGUAAGAA